AACACGCCGCGCUUAAUUUUAUUUGCAACAAAAACUUGUGCUCAGAAGCGAUACGAUCAAAUCAUUGCUUUAUAAUCAUGUUAAAAGAUUCUUGUAGUUUUUAGAUAUUUUGAUUGAUGCCGUGAACGAGUGUAAUAUUCCAGAAGGGCACAAACAUAAUUUUUUAUUGCCAAACACAAUGCGGAUUUGCGUGACAUGAAAUAAUCGAGAAAAGCAGGUUGUUCCAAAUGUUGUUUGGUCAAAUUGGAGUCUAGUGCGCACGGCUGAAUAGAGUCAGUUCUCAGUGAAUAGCGUGAACCUUUGAGUAAUUGGAGGUCAAUACUGGCCAUUACAGACGUAAUAAAGAUACGAUACAGUUCCGAGAGUACGAGUGGGAAAGUGAGUGGAAGGCCCUUAGUAUACCGCAAAGUGCGUGGAGCAGCUGGCUGUGCGUGCCGUCUGCGAGCCAUUUAAAUUUCACUCGCUACGCAGUUUCGAGCAAUCACGUAACCUGCCGUCGAAAAAUUGGCCGUCAACGUUUCCAUCCAGGCAUUUGUUUAUACGUAUCUCGAGAAGUGUUUCACGGAGUUCCAGAUUGCUUCAUAUGUGUGGUUGAAAUAAAGCAUUGGUAAUGAACAGUGAAUACGCACAAACAAAAGAUCUGCCAACAACGCGUACGGGCGCCACCCGACGGACGGCUUGAGAAUUCAGAUUGUUGUCCGCAAAAUUCAGCGUUGUUUCUCCCUUGUGGAGGCCCGACCUGUGGAGAAGAAGUGCUGCUGAGGUAACGACCGAGCGGCGCUCACUUGAUCAACAGCUGUCCGUGGUUUUGCCGUGAUAAGUGAACUACGCAAAAAUGACAUCGCUCGAAACGGGUGUGCAGUACAACCUGUCCUCGGAAGGCCAUUUCAACAGCAACAAAACCCUCAUUUUCGUCAAGUUGACCGACUCCGCGGCGCGCAGCAUCGACGAGCAUUUGAAAAACAGAAAUAGAAUCACGCAAAAGCCUACCAUCCAGUUUAACGCGAACGGAGGCUGUCUGUUCUUCCCGUCCAUCAAGUCGGAGCAUAAUGGCAAUUACACCUUCACUCUGUCCAACGAUCAGGACAUCGAGGGCACCCAAGGAGGAUUCGAGUGCAUUCAAAAAACCGGCCCCAAGACGAUGGACAGCCUCGGCUCUCUGGCCUGCAAGAUGCGAGUCAACGCCAACGACGAUAUAUUCGAGACGACGAGGCACCGCAUGCAUGCCGUCGAAGUGAACAACAAAAACAAAUGCACACGAGUGCUCAAGUCCAACGAGACUGUCGGCAAAAAAGUCAAAGUCAAGGGUACGGUGAGGAAAAUCGUGCCCUCGAGCACGACCAACAAUACGACGUCGCCGAAACAUCGAGUCGUCCCGAACCCAGUCGCUAUCGCACCAAUACCUCAGCCUAAGCAGCCCGCGAGCAGGCCGGUGUCUGCCAGCUCGACCGCUCGCCCGCAGCAAGGAGAUGCUCCGAGAAAGAAUCCGGAAAUCAUGCGCAGGUCGCUGAAAGAAAGGCUCAUUCACAUUCUGGCUUUGCGCCCCUACAAAAGGCCCGAGCUUUUCGAUCGCAUACAUCAGGAAGGUUUGAAGGAGCAGGAUAAGAAGCUCGUGAGCAGCGUGCUCAAGCAAGUCGCGCGCAUGCGUAGCAACGCAUAUCACUUGAACUCGGGAGCUUGGAAUGAGAUUCAGGAUGACUGGCCCUUUUACAGCGAUGAGGAGAGAGCUAUCAUGAAGAGACGGAAACCGCAGAAUCUGACUCCACCUGGUUCGAGCGACGGAAGCUCUAGUGGCAGUGGACUGUCGCCCAACUCUCUGCGCUCUAAUUCGCCGCACUACGCCAGCCCGUCGGUGACCGCUAAGAGAACCAGCUCCGACCAAGCCACCGACGGCAUUCCGCAGAAACGACAGCGGAUAUCGGAAUAUCGCAAGCCCGAUGCCAAGCCCGAUGCCAAGAUCGAUGUCAAGCCCGAUGUCAAUCCCGUAGCCAAUCCCGUAGCCAAUUCCGUAACCAAUAAUCAGGAAAAUUCUCAAUACAAUUUGCCAGAUCCGACCAACUCUGUGCCAAACAAAUCCCGUGGAUCGCAACAAGAGAACCAGACUCACAGCAGACAUUCUCCCGUGGCUUAUCCAGAAAACACCGUCAAAGAUAUCGUGAAUGCGGCCGAUUUAGCAAAUUCUGUACAAGACGACCAGCAGGAGAAUCAAGCUAACGACAUGGAUUCCAACGCCGAUUCAGAACAAGAAGGUGCCGCGGACAGUAACCACAAUGUAUUCGGCGACUACUUAAAUACAUACACGCCAAUUCUUAACUUGGAGCAAAAGGCGAAAUAUAAAGCAGAUUUUUUUGCCUACUACAAGGACUAUACUCAACUACAUCUUCAGGUGUGCGAAAUUUCCAAGUAUUUCAUUCAUUUGGAGGCAGAACUGAAGAAAACACUCGAGGCUGGUGACGCGUACGAGUAUGAACAAACUAAAUUAGAAAUAUUUAGUGAGUACGCCAGAACGAGAAACGUCAAAGCUCGUUUUGAUUACCUGCACGAUAAACUAGGUCAUAUUAAACAACUCGUAAUGGAUUAUGACGCAAAGAUGAUGAAUCAUUAUGAUAGUAACAAUACGUACUAACUUUCGUGUGCGUUUGUUUGAAAAGAAAACUGUACAUAAUACAUUUUAUUUUUACAUUUUUAUUAUUCUCGCAAAUCAAAUAAAAUGACUUGUGUACGAUACAGAUUAAAAAUCUAUUUUUAAAUUUAACGUAAAAAUCAUUUCUUUAGAUUAAGACAAUAAAAUCUGACUUAAAUUUCAAAAUUCGCCGAAACCUUAUAUUGUACAGCUCGUUGAUAGAAGGAAAAGAUCAUGUAAAAUUGACGCUUUGAUUUCUUUUUAUAUAAAAAGGAACACCUGUUGUCGGAUUAUCAAUUCGAAACAAAAUGUUGUGUAUAUCAUGUAAGAAGCAGAUAUAUUUGUAAUGAAAAUAGUUUUAUUUACAAUAAACUGUUAUGAAUAUUGC